GUUACAGAAAUCCCACACUUCAUUCGAAUAAGGCACUGGUUAUAUAGUAUUUGCAUUUCUGUAUGCUUCAAGCUAAUAGCGCUUUGAGGUGUGUCUCUCAGAUUAGUUUGAGUUAUGUCAGUGGAAUCCAGAUCCAGCAUCCAGCCCAGCACUUCCACUACUUCCAGCUCAGCUCUCCCACAUUGUGCCUCACCUGAGCAUUGAGAUCACCUGCUGGUAAUUAGACCGCAAACAAAUUUUUCCAGUUCCUGCCUUGAGGUGCCGUGUGAUUGUCGCCAUGACUGAGCCUUCCCUGCUUUUGCUUGGCUGCCUCUUCCUGACCUCUUUGUCUUUUGCCGUCUCUGAUUUCAUACUUUGUUCUGAAGCCAAUUUGCCUGCCUGUUUUUUUUACCAGUUUUCAUUAUCUUCUCUGUGUCUGGGUUUUCAGCUUGAUCUCUGUUAGCUUGCCUGGUUUUCACUCCUGCUUCCCGGAUUUGACUACAGCUGUAGAUUGCAGCAUUAAAGACAUCUUGCUUUCAAGAUCAGAAAGGAGGUGUAAGUAGUCAUGAGGUUCUGGGGCUGCUCCAUGGUGACUGGGCAGAUGAAAACCCUCCACACUCUCCUUCUGUUAUCGACUAGCCUGUCCAUCGUGAUGAUGGUCCCGGACUACAGGGCGCUGUGGCAGUUCAGACGUAUGAUCAUCUGCAUGAUGCCCAGCAGUAGGCCUCUGCUGGACUACACAGACUACGGCUGUUACUGUGGAAAGGGAGGCGCUGGGACACCCGUGGAUGACCUGGACAGGUGUUGCCAGACCCAUGACCACUGCUACUCCCAAGCCAAGCCCCUUGGGGGCUGUCUGCCCAUUUUGGACAACCCGUAUACCGAGAGCUAUUCGUACAGCUGUGACAAGACAAACAAGAGCAUCACCUGCACAGAGAAGAAUAAUGCCUGCGAGAUGUUUAUUUGUGAAUGCGACAAGCAUGCAGCCAUGUGCUUUGCUGGGGCGGGCUACAACAAGGAGCACCAGAACAUGAACCAAGAGCUCUGCGAGUGAGCCAGUCAGCAGCUCCAUCUCAUCACAGCUUGUAUGUCAGUCCUUUUCAUGUGAAACACGGUGGGUGUGGGACCCUUGUACUCAGCCAGUGAGCGAGAAAGAAAGAAAUUUGCAAUAAUUCUUACAGAAAUGCUAACACUGUCAUCUGAGUUUGUCCUGGAGAGACGUGAAGACACCAGGAUGGAGAGAAGUGUAGAAAAUGAGGCACUGAAUCCACCCACACAGCUUCCCGCUGCCAUGAAGCUGCCCACAGUCUUCCUGCUGAAACCAGUUAUCCGGUUGGCCAGAAUCCCAAAACCUGAGAGCGAAUGUUAGCGUGAGUUAUGUCAGUGGAAUCCAGAUCCAGCAUCCAGCCCAGCACUUCCACUACUCCCAGCUCAUCUCUCCCACACUGUGCCUCACCUGAGCAUUGAGAUCACCUGCUGCUUGAUCUCUGUUGGCUUGCCUGGGUUUGACUCCUGCUUCCUGGAUUGUGGAUUGUACACUAUAUGGACCAAAGUAUUGGGACGUGCCUCUUAAUCACUGGAUUCAGCCCAAUCCAAAGUUGCUCCGCAAGGUCAUUUCUACUUAUGAACUUCUGGGAAGCAGGAAGGAAGGGUACACAUCAUCCAACAGGCACCAAUGUGACACUCACACCUACUUGCUAAUUUGCUGUACAUAAAAGAUGACGUUCCUGUGCUUUGUGCAUGACAGUGAGCCCUGAUUGAUAACAGACGCCUGGAUGGGAUGCAGGGCUAACACACUCACACACAUACACAUAUACACAGUCACACUACCUGAAGGAAACUCACAAAAACAUGGGGAGAGAACCCAAACUCUGUAAAUAGAUUAAUUAUUUCUACUUUCAUUGUUAAUAUUGCCAUGUAUGUUUAUUCAAGGUGGAAGUUUAAAAGGGUGCGUAUUUCAUUGGACCACAGAGAUAUAACAGUAUGCCCCAAACCCCCCCAUGGCAGCUCUGUGCCCCUUACCUGCUCC